AUGGCGCUUGUUUUUGCCAUGAUCGCCAAGCUGCCGAUGUACUUCGAAGUGGAGGUUGUCCCGAAUGGGAACUGUACAGGUCUCACAUCUUUGACGAUAAUUGUGAGUGAAUUCAGCGAGACGGAACCUUACAAGAGUGCCUACAAAUACUGGUUUCGGAGCAUCAUCACGAUAAUUCUGCCGUUCGUUCUGUGCUUCUACCUCAACAUCGGCAUCAUUCGUCUCCUUCGUGCUCAACAUCAUGGUGCUAAACUCUUCCGCUUCGCCACGUCGGAACAUCGG